AGAUGAAGAAAUAGGAGGAAAUCCUUGAUAAAAUGAGAAUGGGUCUUGGAAGGAAGGGUCAAAGUCAAAUGAGUUGAAGUCCUCACAAGGCUGCUGCUGCUCUGCUCUAGAACCAAUGCCCAUACCCUUUUAAUUACAGUACAAUAAUAUCCCAUAUCAUUUCUUCUAAAUCUCAAACAAACUUUACUAUAGCUUUAAUGGAAUCACAACAAAUACCCAAGGUUCAACAUAGCGUUGUUGAUGUACAGAUCAAUAAUAAGAAUAUUAAGAAGUUGAAAUUCCCUAAGUUUGGUUGUUUCAGAAUCCAACAUGAUGCUACAGGGGAUGGUUUUGAUAUUGAAGUUGUUGAUGCUUCUGGUCAUCGUUCUAACCCUACUCACUUGAUCAUUAUGGUUAAUGGUCUCAUUGGCAGUGCUCAUAAUUGGAAAUAUGCUGCAAAGCAGUUUCUCAAAAGGUACCCCUAUGAUGUUAUUGUACAUUGCAGUGAAUGUAAUUCUUCAACAUUGACAUUUGAUGGUGUUGAUGUAACGGGAAAUAGAUUAGCAGAGGAGGUUAUAUCAGUUAUAAAACGCCACCCAAGUGUCCGGAAAAUUUCAUUUAUAGCUCAUUCUUUAGGUGGCUUGAUAGCAAGGUAUGCAAUAGCCAAGCUUUAUGAGAGAGAUAUUUCUAAGGAACUAUCUCAGGGGAAUGUACAUUGUGAGGGUCAGAUUUCCAAUCAAGAAUGUCAUGUUAGAAAAUAUGAAGGAAAAAUUGCAGGACUGGAGCCUAUUAAUUUUAUCACGUCUGCAACGCCGCACCUUGGUUGUAGAGGGCAUAAGCAGGUUCCUUUGUUAUGUGGAUUUCACUCUUUGGAGAAAACAGCAUCUCGUCUUUCAAGGUUUCUUGGUAAAACAGGAAAGCACCUAUUUUUAACUGAUGGUAAGAAUGAAAAACCUCCUCUUCUUCUCCAGAUGGUUCGUGACUCCGAAGAUAUUAAAUUCAUGUCUGCUUUACGGUCCUUCAAACGCCGCGUUGCUUAUGCAAAUAUUCGUUAUGACCAGCUAGUUGGAUGGAGCACAUCAUCUAUAAGGCGUAGAAACGAGCUUCCAAAGGGCCGACAUUUUAAAAGACAUGAGAAAUAUCUACACAUUGUAAAUGUAGAGACAACAAAACCCACUUCCGUUUUUCCAGAGGAAGUUCCAAGUGAAUCUAAAGUUAGUAGUGGAUCCGGUAAAAUUGACUUCGAAGAGGAAAUGAUCAGAGGCCUAACAACAGUGAGUUGGGAUCGAAUUGAUGUCAGCUUCAGUGGUAGUAGGCAGAAAUAUCUCGCACAUAAUGCAAUUCAGGUUCAAACCUACCGAAUUAAUUCCGACGGAGUAGAUGUGGUCCAACAUAUGAUUGACGAUUUUCAGUUAUAAAACUUUCCUAUAUUACCCCCUUCUAACAAAUAGGGUAAAGCCAUUAUUUUAUCUUCUCAAGUGGAGACGAGCUGGGAUGUUUGUGGAUAUUCCCACCAACUUACUUCGCCACUUUGUAGUGGUGAGGGGUUUGAGUAGCAUGCAAGAAGUCUUAGUUCAAACUUCAUCCCCUUCAUUGUACACAAAAAUGAUUUGCCAUUGGAAGUUGAAAAAGGUACAGGCAAAGAAUCCAGAAGUAUUAGAACAUGAAAGAGAACUGGAUAAAUUGAUGAAUCACAGAGGAUGCUUUUAUGCUACCUAUUCUACACGGCUGCAUAAUUGAGUUUUUGAAUUAGCUCUUGUUCUUUCUCAUUUUUCUGAAAUAAAUGAGAAGAAUGGUGAUUGUUUUUAUUUAAAAUUAACAAACAUGCAUGAGAUUUAACAUGUUUCCAAGUUUGCUUCAAAUGGUGGAAUUGCUACUGUGAUCAAUGUAGAGAUAAAAGUGAAAUGAAUGCUCUCCUUUUUUUUUUCUUUCUUCUUUCUCUUCAGUACUAAAGUUUGGUUGUUUGUGAUUUUGACCAAAAAAAAAAAAAAGUUUGGUUGUGAUUUUGAAUGUAUAAAUGACAUUUGGACCCCUUA